AAAGAUAAAUGCAUAAGUUUUAUGGACCAUGAUAGUUAGAAUCUAAUAAGCACCUCUUGCAAGAGAGGUAAGGUUCAUUAAAUUUGAACUAGCUGUUUGAAUCCCUUUUAGUAUCCAGUAUUUCUUUGUAUUUAACUACAUAUUUAACCCAGAAUAAUUUAUAAUUGAAAUAGUUAGUUCUUGCCAUGUAAAGCACAAUAACUGCUCUACAAAUGGCAAGGGCUCUGUUUGAAUGAGAGAUAAUGUGUAUGUACUUUAAUUAAUUAAAUAUAGAUUCAUCAAUGUUGAGUCUGUGAAUAUGUUAAUUUGGUGAACUUGGAAAUUUGUGUGUGGAGGGAUGACUAUAAUCCUGGAAAAUGUGAUUAGGCUUAUACUGAAGUUUUAUUUCAGGUAUCAUUUUCUGCCUGCCGAUAUGCCUUAUUAUGACAAUUGGAAACUCUGCACUAAUUUUGGGUCUCUGGUCUGUUCACUUUUUGUGGACAAAUUAUUGCAUUGUAAGAUCUAAGCAGUUUGGGCCAGUUUUGAAGUUUGUUCUGUGUUUAUUCAUUUAUGUUUUUUUGAUUUUGUGGCCAUCCAUUGGCAUUGUUGGAAGUAUUAUUGGUGGCGCUGCAUAUGGCUUUCUCGCACCAAUGUUUGCCACUUUUAAAGCUGUCAAUGAAGGGAAGACUGAUAAAUUUUACCACUGUAUUUAUGAUGGAACUUCUGACACUGUCAAACAGAGCUUUACUUUUGUGAGGGAUUUUAUGGAUAUAUGUUACCAUUCUUACUUCUCAGUUACGGAUGACCUACGGAGUCAGGGGCAUCAAGAUGGAAAAUAUUUUGAGAUUAGGUCUGUUGUUUGUGCUUUUAAUGUUUGGAACUAUUGUUUGUUUUAGACUCUUAUCAAUUAUCAAUUUGUUUCAGACUAUAAACCUGAAGUAGAAUUUUUAUUCUCAUAUGGAAAUCCUCAAAAUGAACAAAAUUGGCCAGCCUGUUAGAACAUUUAUAGUAUCUUGCAGUCAAAUGCUUGAUUCAACACAUGCCGUUUUGAUCCCCAGUCUUGUGGUUGAAAGUCGAAACAUCAUGGUUGCCACAUGUCAUUUUAUUUCCUAAUUUUAGAUAUUUACUUUUGAUAAACAAAUAACCUUAGCAGCCAAUUCCAAAUCAUAAAAGUAGAUACUCUCAUGCAGUUGGAAAGAAACAGAUCUCUUGAUUACUUUCGUAGAGUUGAUUAGUUUUUUUUUUUGGUAAACCUCGGCGGCACGAGAGGAAAUAUUGAUAAUCCAAAACCGAGAUGGGGACAUAAUGAACCUUACCUCUCUUGCAAGAGUUGAUUAUUGGAUUCUAACUAUCAUGGUCCAUAAAACUUAUGCAUUUAUCUUUUCCUUUCUUUCAUUACUUUUCCGCUUCAUCCUCAAAGAAGAUCGCUGCCUCCUUUCUUGCUCCUCCUCCGCCUUCGCCGUUCUUCAUUGCACCAUCCCCCUCCUGUGCCCAAACUGAUGGAUCUGCCGCAUGUGAAUCGUCAAAUCGGUGUGAUUUCGGUUUGAUUGGUGUGAUUUGGGUUUGAUAUUUUUUCCC